AUGGCAGAGACAGCACCUGCUGGCGCAAGCCACAUGUCGUCGCCGUCAAAGUUGACAGGCAGGGCCUUCUACGAAAGCAUGGGCAGCCCCAAGUACAUUUUGGCUCCCAUGGUCGAUCGCUCAGAAUUUGCUUGGAGACUCCUCACGCGAUCCUACCUAGAUGACGAGCGAUCAAAGUCCUUCCUAGCGUAUUCACCUAUGCUACACGCAAGAUUGUUCCGGGAAACGGCAAGAUUUCGAGACGACCACUUCCAGCCCACCAGAAGCAGUCUGGUCUCAAAGGACAAAUCCUCAUCCCCGCCAUGGCUGGACGGCAACCCGAGUUUGGACCGACCGUUGUUCGUGCAGUUUUGCGCAAACAAACCUGAAGAUCUCUUAGAGGCAGCACAAUAUGUGGCCCCUUACUGUGAUGCGGUCGAUUUGAAUUUGGGAUGUCCUCAGGGCAUCGCCAGAAAUGGUCACUAUGGGGCGUUCCUGCAGGAAGAUUGGGACACCAUUUACAACAUGAUCAACAAGUUGCACAAUGAGUUGACAGUCCCCGUCACGGCCAAGAUGAGAAUACUGGACACUAGGGAGAAGACGCUGGAAUACGCCAAGAUGAUUCUAUCGGCGGGCGCCAGCAUAUUGACAGUGCACGGGAGACGGAGAGAACAAAAGGGGCACAAUACUGGUAUUGCAGACUGGCAAAUGAUUCGAUACCUCCGGGAACAUCUACCGCCGGAAACGGUGAUCUUUGCGAACGGGAACAUCUUGAAUUCCGGCGACCUAGAAUCAUGUCUAGCUGCAACUGGAGCCGACGGUGUCAUGAGUGCAGAGGGCAAUAUGUGUGACCCUACGAUUUUCGCAAACCCGCCAAAAGAGCACAACCCUCGGGAGUACUGGUACGGACCAGAUGGAAAGGGGGGAUAUCGCAUGGAUGCCGUGUUCAGAAGAUAUCUCGACAUCAUCCACCGAUAUGUUUUGGACAGAGAACCACCCGUGCGCACGCCUCUUUAUGUCCCUGGUGAUCCUGAAGCCACGCCUCAAAUAAUGGAAGCCUCCGAUGACGACGUUCGGCCGAGGAAAAGGCAAAAACGCGGGCCCAAGCAAAAGUUGGACCCGAAUAUCAGGCCAAUGCAGGGGCACCUUUUCCAGCUCCUCCGUCCCCUGGUAUCCAAGCACACCAACAUUCGAGAUGCGCUAGCAACAACAAGGUGUUCAGACAUUGAUGGCUUCGAAAGAGUCCUUGCCAUGGUGGAAGCAGCCGUCAAGAAAGGUCUCGACGAUCACGCCGCCUUAGCAGAGGUUGACUCCAAGCCUACGAAGGAAGCUGGCGCAGAGGAGCGCGACCUCGAAUUGACGCCCAGACAAAAAACUACAAUGAAAUACCAGAGGCCUUGGUGGGUCUGUCAGCCCUACAUCCGGCCGUUGCCCGACGAAGCUGUGAAACUUGGUGCGAUGCAACCGAGCAAGAAGGAUUCAUCCGCGGUUGGGCUGAGGGAGGCGGCAGAUAACAGAGAUGGUGCAAGUCAGAAGCUGGAUGUCUUCGAGGCACAUGAUCGACCUUUGCAUCACGCCUCCGAAGAAGAACUCCCAAAGUCUACUCUGGUCUUCGGCUGA